AUGCAAUCCUUAUCCGUUAGGAUUAAGCUUGGUUUUAUUAGUGGGGAGUGCAAACGACUGAAUUCUCAGUCUAUCGAUUAUCGCCAGUGGGUGCGAUGUGACGAUAUGGUUACCUCACAGAUCCUUAAUUCCCUUUCGAAGGACAUCGCGGAUAGUAUUGAGUAUGCAAAUGAUGCUAUUGAAUUAUGGAUAGAAUUGAAAGAUUAUUACGAGCAAACUAAUGCUGCUAGACUGUAUCAGAUCCAGAAAGAAAUAAAUGAUCUGACUCAGGGAGCUCUCGAUAUCACGAACUACUACACCAAAAUGAAGAAACUUUGGGAAGAAUUGAGUAAUAUGAGUAUGAAAGCACAGUGCAAUUGCCAGUAUAAUUGUGGUGCCAAGGAAAAAUUAUACAAGGCAGAGCAGGAUAGGCACUUGAUCCAAUUUCUUAUGGGAAUAAACGAGAUGUAUACAGUAGUGCGUGGAAGCAUUUUAAUGAUUCAUCUUCCUUCAUUAGCACAAGCCUUUUCCUUACUCAUUUACGAUGAGAAACAGAGAGAGAUGCGACCCUCCAAUCAACUGGUUUUUGAGUCGACUUCUCUUCACAUGAAUGCACAAGGAAAUACCAUUUCUAACACUCAAGGGAAUGCUAACUUCAGAACAAACUAUCGUGCAAAUAUCCAGUCCAUUGGAGGCAGAACUUCACGCUCUUUUUGUGAUUAUUGCAAAAUCACAGGACACACUAGAGAUAGAUGUUACAAACUACACGACUAUCCACAGAACUACACUCAGGGUCCUAGAAUUAAUAUCAAAGGGAAACAUAUCAUGGCUAAUGCACAUGGCGCACCCACUGAGGAGUUGUUUGUUAAGGAAGAUGGUUCAAGCUCACAGGACAAGCAGCACAAUGUGGCAACUAUUGGAAUCACAAAGGACCAAUAUGGUCAGUUAGUAAACCUGCUUCAGCACCUUCAAAGUACCAAUGGAGAGGACUUUGCUGACACUCACCUAAGCAGCGGAGCAGUCAAUUUUGUAGGUAUUAUGGUCUGCUCCUCUUCUGUUAGUCAUGGAAGUUCUCAUUGUAAAUGUUUCAGAACUAUGUUUGACACAUGGAUAAUGGAUUCUAGUGCCUCACUAAGGCUGUCUAACGUUGCACUUCCAAACGGUUAUAAGGUCAAAGUGACAAAAGUUGGUGGUGUUGCACUUACAUCUCAAAUCACCUUGCAUAAAGUUCUCUUUGUCAUUGCUUUCAAGUUCAACCUCAUUUCUAUCUCCUCUAUGACUGCAUAUCUAAACUCUCUUAUUGCCUUUACUGCUUCUUCAUGUCUACUGCAGGCCCCUUCAAUAAAGAUACCUUUGGUGAUUGGUAAGAUCAAAGGUGGUCUGUAUCUCCCAUGUUCUCACUUCUUGGAUAAUGGUAGCUCAAUUUCUAAUGUUUCUGUUACCUCUACUCUACUUCCUCAUUGUGAUGUAAAUACUCCACAAUGUCAAUCUCUUUCACCUGUAAAUAGUUUCGCUGAUAAUAAGACACAGUCUACUGCUUUGCAUUUUUAUGAUUUUUGUCAAUGCUCUUCUAUACCUCAUGAUAAUAAUGGUCCUUAUCAUGUCCCAACCAAUAGAAAUCAGAAAUACUUCCUCACUAUGGUGGAUGACUAUAAUAGAGCCAUAUGGACUCACCUACUAAGUUGCAAGAGCAUUGCACUCCAAAUCAUCCAAACCUUUGUAUCUCAAAUUGAAACACAAUUUCAGAAGUCCAUUCAGUCUGUAAGAGAUGUUGUUUUCUAUGAAACUGUCUUCCCAUUUGCUAGUCCACAAUCACAUGUUGCUCCUUUUCCAUCCUCUGCUCCUUUCCUUGAUUCUUUUGACACCACCAAUACUCCACAUGUUGCUCAUCUUGAAUCUUUUCCUUCUCACUCUCCUGAAUUACAAUCCUCCCCUGCUUCUCCAUCUGUAUCUCCACCACCUGAGCAUACACCUACACUUAGGAGAUCUCAGAGAUAA